CGCAAAACCCCCCAAAACAACCGGACUUCGGUCCGAGCGGCGUUGGUUCGUCUCCCCGACGGUAGGUGGCCGCCGUGUCCACGCCCGACAGAACCCCACUCCCAAGGCUUCCUGACAAGUUGGCAGCUCCGCAUUAUCUAAGCAGUCAAAUCGCCCUCUCAAGCCUCGAGUCUUUCUGGUAAAAAGCCAAGAACGAGGAGCGGCAACCUCCCGGAAAACAGCGCACUCUUUGAUUCCGUGGCAGGAUUCCUUGAUUUUUUUUUUACAGAAACCACCAGUGGCGCCGUUUCUCCGCGCGAGCCGCCAAAGUGUCCUCCGGACUGACGUUUCGUGAAGAAAAAAAAAAACCGGAGUCAGGUGUGCGCAAACGGGAACGCCGUACGCUAUUGGCGCAGGCUGACGCGGAAAAGGGAAUAAUAGCCGGUGACUGCGUGUUUUUUCCCUUUUUUUUCUCUCCCCCGGUGGGAGAAGCGUCCGAGGGGUUGGGCCGGAUCCUGUGGAAAACGCUGCCUCCGUUCAGCUGCUUUCCGCACCGGGGGUUCGGGAGUCGUCCGGCGGACGGCACGCACAAGCUGCCGACCACAACGACAGAUUUGAACGGCUCUUCUCGUUCAUCACCCCCCCCCACCACCACCACCACCCCCACCACCUCCAGCGACGCCGCUACGCUUCUUUGGAUAGAAGUCAUCACGACGUGGGAAAUGUACCCACGCUGAAUUGAAACUGCCACGGCGCGUGACGGACGACGCGUUGCGAUUACGCGGAGGGAGCCGGGCGAAGGCAGUCGGGUUCUCCCAGUGGGGGCUUUGCAGAGCGACAUCGAUGGCAUGCAUCAGCCGCCCCGCACCCGGGCGAGCCCCCUGACGUCCGCGGAUCCAUUCAUCGCACCCGCCGCAAUGACGUCCUUACGGUUAUCAUAAUAAUUGUAUCGGAAAAAGGCAUUUGCGAGUAACCCCCCCCCCCCCCCAAACAACCUCUGGGCCGGGGGAAAGUGAGGCUGGGGGCGUCCGCAGUCGGACGGAAAUGGGCGCGCGAGCGGGACCGAUGCAGCGGCUCCUGGCGAAGCACCGCGUAAACACAGGGCAGUGAUGCCUGGCAUGGUGAUGUUUCGGCGGCGCUGGUCAGUCGGCAGCGAUGACCUGGUGCUGCCCGCCCUCUUCCUCUUUCUAUUGCACUGCAUCUGGCUGGUGGUUCUGUCCGUGGUGCUGUUCGGCCUCCCGUAUGGCUCCCAGGAGCCCUGCUCUGUGACGCUAGUGGACCAUGGCCGAGGGUACCUGGGCAUCCUGGUCAGCUGCCUUAUCUGUGAGAGCGCCAUCAUGUGGUUGAGCAUGAGGGGCAGCAUCCUGUAUACGCAGCCCAGGGAAGCAGUGCAGUAUGUCAUCUACAUACGGCUAGCUAUUCUGUUGGUAGAGCUAGUGUAUGCUGUGGUGGGAAUCUCCUGGCUUGUCCAGUAUUAUCAGCCAUGCUCUGAUGUCACUGCCAAAAACCUGGCUUUGGGAAUCGUUGCAUGCAACUGGCUGGUCAUUUUCAGCGUCUGCGUUACCCUCACGUGCACCUUCGAUCCUACGGGGCGGACUUUUGUCAAACUGAAAGCCACCCGUCGGCGUCAGCGCAACCUCACAACAUACACACUCAGGCACCGGCUGGAGGAAGGUCAAGCCAGCAGCUGGAGCAGGAGACUCAAGUUCUUCAUGUGCUGCACAAGAGCCCAGGACACACAAUCCGAUGCGUAUUCAGAAGUGGCCAGCCUUUUUGCAGAGUUCUUCAGAGACCUGGAUAUUGUGCCUAGCGAUAUUAUUGCUGGCCUGGUACUUCUCCGCCAGAGGCAGAGGUCUAAGAGAUCUUCUAUCCUGGACCAGGCCAACAAUGACAUCUUAGCCUUCCUGUCUGGAAUGCCUGUCACUCGUAAUACUCGUUACCUGGACCUUAAGAAUUCGACCGAGAUGAACAUGUACAAGGACGUGUGUUAUUACAUGCUCUUUGCGCUGGCUGCGUACGGUUGGCCCAUGUACCUAAUGAGGAAGCCCGCCUGUGGGCUGUGCCGCCUGGCCAGCUCCUGCCCCUGUACUUCAGUUUCUAGCUCCCGGUUGUCUCAAUCUGUGACAGUGGAGGAGGACAACUGCUGCGGCUGUAAUGUCCUGGCCAUACGGAGACACUUCCUGGAUAGGGACCUCAAGCAGGUUCAGAUUGUCUACACAUCCUGCCACGAUGCAGUCUACGAGACCCCGUUUUUUGUGGCAGUGGAUCAUGCAAAAAAGAAGGUGGUCAUCAGUAUCAGAGGAACCUUAUCGCCAAAGGACGCCUUGACUGAUCUAACGGGGGAUUCUGAACGUUUGCCUGUGGAGGAGCAGCACGGGACCUGGCUUGGCCACAAGGGGAUGGUUUACUCAGCAGAAUACAUUAAGAAGAAACUGGAGCAGGAAAUGAUCUUGUCACAAGCCUUUGGAAGAGACUUGAACAAAGGCACAAUGCGCUACGGGCUGGUGAUUGUCGGCCAUUCUCUUGGUGCAGGCACUGCUGCUAUCCUCUCCUUCCUGCUGCGACCUCAGUACCCCACACUUCACUGCUACUCUUACUCUCCACCUGGUGGCCUUUUUAGUGAGGAUGCCAUGGAGUACUCCAAAGACUUUGUCACAUCGGUGGUAUUGGGAAAAGACCUGGUACCAAGGCUCGGCCUGUCACAACUGGAGGGCUUCCGACGCCACCUUCUGGAAGUCUUGCAGAAAAGUAACAAGCCAAAGUGGAGGAUAAUUGCGGGAGGCACCAAAUGCAUCCCCAAAUCAGAGCUUCCAGUAGAGGCCGAUGACCCGCAGUCACAGCCGGCAGCCCCCCCCAGCAGUCGCAUGUGGCUCCACCCGAGUGACCUCAGCAUUGCCCUUUCAGCCUCCACCCCCCUUUAUCCUCCUGGCAGGAUCAUCCAUGUGGUGCACAACCAUCCUCCAGAGAUGUGCUGCGGCCAGGAGGAGCCAACCUACUCGGCUCUAUGGGGGGACAACAAGGCCUUCAAUGAGGUCAUCAUAUCACCCGCCAUGCUUAAUGAGCACAUGCCCCAUAUGGUGAUGGAGGGCCUUAACAAGGUGCUGGAGAACUACAACAAAGGGAAAACUGCUUUGCUGUCAGCAGCCAAGAUCAUGGUGAGCCCCACUGAAGUGGACUUGAACCCGGAGAGCAUGUUCGUGGACACGUCAACGACUCAGCAGCCGACGCCUACAGCCCACCACCUCAGGAACAGCAGCGUUCGACAAAAACCAUUGUUACGUUCGUGUGCCCAGUCUGAAAUUUCCCUGGACGGUUUCGCCGAGUGCCCGCCUCCGCCGGUGCCCGUGGUGCUGCGCGGCGCGCGGGAGCGCCUGACCGUGGAGCUGAGGGACCGCAAAGCCCCGCUGGCGAUCAUGGAGAGCCUCUCGGACGCCGAAUCCCUCUACAGUCUGGAUUCCCGACGCUCUUCGGCUGCUCUGAGGGGUUCGCCGAUGCUGAGUAGCCUCCCGUUCCCUCUGGACGCCCCGAUCCCCGAGGAGAACCCGUCUCUGAGCUCUCGCACUGAGCUACUGGCCGCCGACUGCCUCUGCCAGGAAACACCGGAGCACCUCGGGGAGGUGGGGCCCUUCUUCGACCCGCUGGAAUCCAGAUCCACCCCGGAUUACUCCAUGCGGCUGUCUCCCACCACGUCUCACUACAGCGGACACCAUUCCCCGGCGCUGCAGAACCAGAGCGGCUCGGCUCGGCCCUUCAAGCCGGAGCCCAACGCCAACCAACAAAGAAUUCUCGAUGGGGAUCACCAACAAAUGCCCGGCGUCUACAGCCCGGGGAGCACGCCCGUCUUUCCGCUCAGCCCGCAGAUUGGUUCCAGACCAGCGGAUGGAGAUAAUGAAGAUUGGGAGCUGGAGAUGGCGGAGAAACAGGUAUGUGCAGAGGCCAGACCGGUAGCUUCCUCUCCACCCCAGCUGUCCAACGGCAACCCCAGCCAGGCCGUGCUGGAGUUCGCUCAGUACCUAGACUCUCUAUUCAGACUGGACGGCAGCAGCUCGCCACCUUUGGAGCUGUCUGACGGGGAGUCCGAGUCGGGCCGGGGCUCCUUUGGACAGGGAGAGUGUCUCGGAGAUGGACAGCCACUGGACGACAAACAACUCCUGGCCAGGGCAACAACGGAGCCCAACCUGGUCCCCAAGCCCCCACGCACUUUUGCCGGAUCUGCUGACCCGUCUUCAGGCAUCUCUUUGUCCCCCUCUUUCCCCCUCUCGUCGUCCGAGGAGCUCAACGACCUUUCCCCUGGCGAGGGCGCCCUGCCGGCCACGCACUCCCUACGAACCUCUAGCCCGUGCCACUGUCCUGAAGAGAACACGCUGUCAUCUAUGGUGUAGUGUGCUCCCGAGACUCCGAUGUCCUUUGCUCAAGGGUGACGGGUGCAGUCAUUUAAAAAUGUAAAACAUAUCACAGUAGGUGCAUGCGACGGAAGGCAUUCACUCAUUAGAGAUCCAAUGACGGGACCUGGCGGACCGACACGCAAGCUGAUUCCAUUCUUCAGGUGAUGCCAGUGAACGCUGUUUAUAGCAUUUUCACACGAUUGCAAUGACUCGGAAAAAGAAGAUACCUCUGUCUGCAUGCCACUGGGCCGCACUGCUUUCGGGUGAAUGCAAGUAACUGUAGCUUCACAACGCCAUUCCAAAACAACGCCGUCUCGCCCACGCGAGGACGCGUCACAUCAGAGCCCCGAACUGAACGAAGUCAAAGAGAAUACAUAACUGAGCAGGGGCUCAAAGCGGACAGCGUAGAGGAGGUUAGCAUAGGCACAUCAUCUGGGUUGGUCCGGCACCCUCAGCAGCUCUGGACAUUUCGUCCAGCUUUUAUUUCAUUUUUUUUUUUUUUUUAAAUCAGGAAUGUGAAGAUGAACAUAUUCAUCAAACAAUAGAAGUGAGAAGACUUUGUGAAAUGUUCCUCAGGUCUACAAAGAAUUGACUUGUGAGAAAGAGAGUAAGUGUGUUACGUUGGUGAGAAUUCAUGUGUCUUAAAAAUGUAGUGAUUGUGACAAAGUUAUUACGGAAGCCUAUGGAUGUUUUUUGAGUCUUUUGGUUACUCUUUAUAGUGCAUGAAGUUUUUUCUUUUUUUCCAGAGAAAAUGUCAAGAAACCACGUAGGAUUUGGAUACUCCUGCCCACAUCAUAUUGCUCAAUUUACCACCAAAAUAUUUGCCAAAAAAAGAAAUACAUAGUAUGCCAAAUGUAUUUAUGAGCUGUAGUUUUGUACACGUAUAGAGAUACUGCUUUAUUUACACGAGCUAAGUUCAUUACCUCCUUCCCUUUCUGUUGGUUCCCAUGUAGACUGUUACACAGCAACACCAAGGGGGAAAAAUGCUGUCCUGACCUUUAAACACUGCCAUGGCUUUCAUUUGGAAAAACACAACCUCAGUAACUUGCCAACAGUCGUCCCAGUCUCAUAACUACUGUACCGUUGUUUGUGCAGCGCUCUUAGCAGUGAGCCCAGGUCAGAGUAAGCAUGCUUUAUGCAUUUCACAGUAGCACGGCUGGUAUAGAAAUGUCCUUUAGUUAUAGUCAAUAUGAUCUAAACAUGUUUAGAGAUAAUAAUAAUAUAUGUAAACUCAAACAUUAUACAUGCUUAUAAAAUGCCUGGGUCACCAGACAGGAGCAAACUGUACUCUUAAGAAUGUCCCGGGAUCUCGUGUCUUUAGUUCUCAAGGUGCUCUCAGUCAUCUUGGACGUCCAGGUGUUUGCUUCCCUUUAAUGUGGUUCAUCUCAAACACCCUCGAUGGACUCAAUGAAUGAAUGAAUGGGCUCAAACCUCACAUAUGCCAACUCUGAUACCGUACGUGGCAUACAAUCUUCCAUAUCACUCUGGGUGUAACCGGUGGCUCACAAUUUGCAUUAUUUAUUACAGUUAAUGUUGUUAUCAAUUUUAUUGCUAUAUUUGAUGGUAUUAUUAUCCUUAUUGCUCUUGCAACACAUUGGUUUGAUGUUAGUGGUUUUUAAUCUCAAUUUUUUUUAAGGACAGUGUGGGAAACUUUUUAGACUUUAUCCAAAUGUAAGGAGUUGUAUAUUUCAGCUUUUUUUUCUGUCCGAGUUGAAAGUUAUUUGACAGUCUUCAAUGGCAUGGUGACGAUACGCCCUUUUUACAAAUGUUUGAUGGUGGUGGGACGUGGAGCACAGAGGGGCAGCUUGCUCACAGCGACCUCUGGUGCUGCGCCGCCAUCGCGCCUGGAGUCACCAUAGUAAUCAGCACAGUCUCUCUUUUCGGAUUAAGAUAUGUUGUGAUUACUCGCGGCAGACAGUUCCAGACAGUUUACAGUCUUACACUAUUCAAGUCAUGCUGCCGGUCCCAGUAGACUCUCACAAGGUACACUUGCGGUUGUGCUGGCGAUUUCCUACUUUUGGUAACUUUGCUUGCAGCCGGUCAUAAACUAAAACACUGCUAAAAGAAAGCACUAUAAUACUUUUUACCAUGAUGUGUACAGCACCAUGUUCUACGUGUAAUUAUGUAUGCAGAUAUCUAUUUAAAAAAAAGAUGAAUUAGAAUCACGCAGGAAACAACUAUAUAACAAUAAGGAGGUGAUGAAUAUAUUAAAAGAUGUCAGAAUUGACUUUAUCCGAAAGUUAUUUAUUCAAACUAUUGGCAGAUUUACAAAUUGGUCUAUAUUGAAAGAAGAAGAAUUCAACUGUGUCUUGUCCAUAUUUACCUGGUUUGCUUCCUCUCCUUUCCUGCCCCACAAUGAGAAUGUAUUAACCCCCCCCCCCCCCCCACUGCCCUGCCUGUAAUAGAAUAAACUACAAACCAUAAAAGUAA